GCAACACACUCCCCUAUGCCACCCACCCUCACUGUCAUCCUCAUCCUCCAACAACAUCGCGCGAGCACGAUGCCUUCUGUAGCUAAGCACUUUGAUCAGUCUUAAGCUGCAGCUCAGAGACUGGAGCUGCUGUUGAUCCAUCGAUGGCGCCGGAGCUGAAGGUGCCGCUGCUGGAAGGGAGGGGAGGGGGCGCGACGCCCACGCAGACGUUGGGGAACAUCGUCGUGUCCAUCGUCGGCACCGGGGUGCUCGGCCUGCCCUACGCCUUCCGCACCGCGGGGUGGCUCGCCGGGGCUCUCGGCGUCGCCGGCGCUGGCGCCGCCACCUUCUACUGCAUGCUCCUCCUUCUGGAUUGCAGAGACAAGCUGCGGGAGCAAGAAGAGACAGAGGAGGAGGAGGGCCACGACACAGGGCAUCGCCCUGCCGGCGGCAACUACACGUACGGCGACCUGGGCGAGCGUUGCUUCGGCCCCACAGGCAGGUACUUCACGGAGGCGAUCAUCAUCCUCUGCCAGACCGGCGGCACGGUGGCCUACCUCGUCUUCAUCGGCCAGAACAUCAGCUCCGUGCUCCCCUCCCUCGCGCCGGCCACCGUGGUGCUCGCGCUCCUGCUGCCGGCGCAGGUCGCUCUCUCCUUCGUCCGCUCCCUCUCCGCGCUCGCGCCCUUCAGCAUCGUCGCCGACGCGUGCACCGUGCUCGCCGUCGCCGCCGUGGUCAAGGAGGACGUCCGGCUCCUGGUAGAGCGCGGGGGCCAGCCGUUCAGCGGCCGUAGCGCGUUCGCGGGGCUCUGGGGCGUCCCGUUCGCGUGCGGCGUCGCCGUGUUCUGCUUCGAGGGGUUCUGCCUCACGCUGGCGCUCGAGGCGUCCAUGGCGGACAGGUGGAAGUUCAGGUCCGUGCUCCUCCAGGCCAUCGCCGGCGUCACCGCCGUCUACGUCGGCUUCGGCGUCUGCGGCUACCUCGCCUACGGCGACGCCACCCGGGACAUCGUCACGCUCAACCUCCCGAGCAACUGGUCCACCGCCGCCGUCAAGGUCGUGCUGUGCGUCGCGCUGGCGCUCACGUUCGCGGUGAUGAUGCACCCCAUCCACGAGAUCGUCGAAGCGCGGCUGUUCGGGCCGGACGGGUGGGUGCGGAAGCGAAUCCGCAGCGAAGGCAUCGUCGAGCGGGCGGCGCUCCACCUGAGCCGCGUGGCCGUGGUGGCGGCGCUGGCCGCUAUAGCGUGCUUCGUGCCGGCGUUCGGGGAGUUCGCGGCCUUCGUCGGGAGCACGGUGUGCGCGCUGCUCUCCUUCGUGCUGCCGGCGCUGUUCCACCUCCGCGUCGUGGGGCCGACGGCGGGCGCGUGGGUGCGUGCCGUGGAUUACUUCUUCUUGCUCUCCGGGCUGCUGUUCGCCGCCCAUGGCAUGUACACGGUCUUGUCACCACAAUGACACCUACUCAUAAACAUCAAAUUUCUUA